GGCGCUGUUGUGUGUUUUUGUGGGCGCAGAUCUCAAUCCGGAUCCGAACUCCGGCUCCGUGUUUUCCUGCCGUUUCUUCAGAUCAAUGAAACGCGUCGCAGACCUCGGCAGAGUCGCGUGUGCCCGCCGCGCGUCAGGACCGGAGGAUGGAGAAUCGCAGUGUUUAACGGCUCGUCGCGUUCCGUGGUUCAUUCACAGUCGUCGUGAUUCCCGAUCAUCUUCUCCGUUCACCGGGAGCGGAUGAAUGAAUGAUUGAUUGAUUGAUUUAUAUCGGGAUUUGUGAUGCUAUUGAUAACGAUGGGCUGCGUCACUGAAGAUGUGAACAGACUUCACGCGCUUCUCGUGGGUUUCUGUCUUCUCACCUGCGUCUCCAAAAUACACGGCUCAGAUCCUCUGCGAGCUUUCGUGGAGCUCCGCUUCGCGAUGGAACCGCAGGACGCUGUGACGGUACGAGGAGGAUUCCUGCAGCUGGACUGUCAGGCUCGAUCCGAUCAGGGUGUUCCCAUCAUCUCGUGGAAGAAGGACGGUGUUCUCCUGAGCGCUGUGGUGGAUGACAGGAGACGUCAGUUGUCUAAUGGAUCUUUACUGGUUCAGAACAUCAUUCACUCGCGUCAUCAUCGGCCGGACGAGGGCUCUUAUCAGUGUCUGGCCACGCUGGAGGGUGUGGGAGCCAUCGUCAGCCGAACGGCCAGGGUCAUCGUAUCUGGUCCUUUACGAGUGGUGGUCCCCACAGAGUCGGUUUCCACUCACAUGGGUGACACGGCCCUGCUGCGGUGUGAGGUCACGGGUGAACCCAUGCCAGUGGUGCGAUGGCAGAAGAACAGAGAAGAUCUACCUUUAACCUUUGACCCUGAGAGCAGAGUGGUGGUCCUGCCCUCGGGUUCACUUCAGGUCAGCAGGGUUCAGCCGCCCGACUCGGCCACUUACCGCUGCCUGGCCGAAAACCCCGGUAGUUCUCGUACCGGAACAGACGCCGACCUGCGGGUCCUGCCGGAGCCUGGAGUGUUGAGAAGUUUGGUGUUUCUUCAGAAACCAAUGAAGGUCACGGCUCUACAGGGAAAAGAUGCGGUUCUUGAAUGUUCUGCAUCUGGAUACCCAAACCCAUCUUUCUACUGGAUGAGAGGAAGUGAACUCAUUCAGAGCAGGUCAAAGAAGUAUUCUCUUCUGAGCGGCAGUAAUCUUCUCAUCAGCAGCGUCACUGACGAUGACUCUGGAGCGUACACGUGUGUCGCACAAAACAAACACCACAACAUUUCAGCCACCUGUGAACUCUCUGUGCUCGUGCCUCCACAGUUCUUGAAUUAUCCAUCAAACAUGUACGCACAUGAGAGCACAGAUAUUGAGAUGGAUUGUGCCGUGACUGGAAACCCGCAGCCGACCGUCCGAUGGGUAAAGAAUGGAGAGGUGGUGAUACCCAGUGACUACUUUCAGAUUGUGGAGGGUGGAAGUCUGCAGAUUUUGGGUUUGGUUCGCUCUGAUGAAGGUUUCUAUCAGUGUAUCGCUGAGAAUGAAGCUGGAAACAGUCAGGCCAUGGCUCAACUCAUCAUCCUACAGCCUGAGGCCACGCCCACUGUGGCAUCACCGCCCCUCCAGCCGUCUCAGCCCCCGUUGCCCCGCACUUCCUCUUUGACUUACUCCUCUCCUCCCCCACCAGUUACCCCGAGCUCAAGCGCCCUCCCAUCCGCUCCCCAUGACGUGGCCCCUAUCCUAGUGUCCGGUCGUUUCGUUCGGCUGGGGUGGCGGCCCCCGGAGGAUCCGCGAGGGACCAUCCUGACGUACGGGGUCUUCUUCUCUGAGGAGGGAAUCAACAGGGAGCGCUCCAUUAAUGUCACUGAAGCAGAGAGUUUGCAGUUGACAGUGAAUAAUCUGAAACCAGAAGCCACGUAUUCAUUCAGAGUUGUUGCCUACAAUGAACAGGGACCUGGAGAAAGUUCAGAGAUCAUCCGACUGUCAACACAAGCUGAACUGCUGGUUCCUGGUUUAGUGGAGAACCUCCAGGCAGAAGCAUCAUCACCCACAUCUAUCCAAGCCUCCUGGGAUCCACCGGCUCAUGCUAACAGCCCCAUCCAAAGCUAUAGGCUGCUCUGGACUGAGACGUCAACUGGUAAAGAGCAGAAUGUGGAAGUUGUUGGUCAGAGCUACAAAAUGGAGGGUCUGAAAAAGUUCACCGAAUAUUCUUUACGAGUUCUGGCAGUAAACCGUCAUGGUCCAGGAAUCUCCAAUGAAGACAUUCUCAUCACGACACUCUCUGAUGUGCCGAGUGCUCCACCACAGAACGUCUCACUGGAAGUGGUUUAUUCUCGGAGCAUUAAGGUGAGCUGGCAGCCGCCGCCUGCACAUGCGCAGAACGGCUUCAUCACCGGAUACAAGAUCCGACACCGCAAAACCGGCCGGCGGGGUGAACAAGAAGCUCUGGAACCCAACAACCUGUGGUAUCUGUUUACAGGUUUAGAGAAAGGCAGUCAAUACAGCUUUCAGGUGGCAGCUAUGACUGUUAAUGGUACAGGACCCAACAGUGAAUGGUACACGGCUGAGACUCCAGAGAACGAUCUUGAUGAAACUCAAGUCCCAAACCAGCCGAGUUCUCUUCAUGUGCGUCCUCUACCCAACAGCAUCAUCAUGAGCUGGACACCGCCGCUCAAUCCUAAUAUUUUAGUACGAGGUUACAUCAUUGGCUAUGGCGUGGGCAGCCCGUACGCUGAGACUGUAAGGGUGGACAGUAAACAGCGCUAUUACUCCAUUGAGAACUUGGAACCCAGUUCACAUUACGUCAUUUCUCUGAAGGCCUUCAAUAACGCUGGUGAAGGAGUUCCUCUAUAUGAAAGUGCUGUCACCAGAUCCAUGUCAGACCCCUCAGAUCCAUCAGACGAUGAUUUAUUCCAUCUCUUUGAUAAAUUCCCUACCCCCAUCCCAGAUACCUCCACUCCCAUGAUUCCUCCUGUAGGUGUACAGGCGGUGGCGCUCACCUCGGAUUCGGUCCGGGUCAGCUGGGCCGAUAACUCGAUCCCUAAGAACCAGAAGUCCUCGGAGGUUCGCUAUUAUUCUGUCAAGUGGAAGACCAGCCACUCCACCAGUGGAAAGUACAAGUCGGCUGACACUACAGCACUGAGUCAUACAGUCACAGGUCUGAAGCCCAACACCAUGUAUGAGUUCUGUGUCAUGAUCACAAAAGGACGGAAAUCCAGCACAUGGAGUAUGACAGCACACGCUACAACAUAUGAAGCAGCACCAAGCUCUGCCCCAAAGGACCUGACUGUGAUUGGUCGAGAGGGACGACCAAGAGCCAUUCUCAUUAGCUGGCAGCCACCACUGGAGGCUAACGGACGAAUCACAGGUUAUAUUCUGUACUACACACUGGAUAAGAACAUGGCUAUAGAUGAUUGGGUGAUGGAGGCCAUCAGUGGAGACCGGCUCACCCAUCAGGUCAUGGAUCUUAACCUGGACACCAUCUACUACUUCCGUAUCCAAGCCAAGAAUGCUAAAGGAGUGGGACCGCUGUCAGACCCUGUGCAGUACAGAACCUCAAAAGUUGAAUAUCCUGACAAGAUGGCAAAUGAUCAAGGUCGUCAUGGAGACAGUGGAUAUUGGCCAUCUGACAAUAAUCUGAUAGACAUGAGCAGUUUAAACGAGCCUCCUAUCGGUCAGAUGCGUCCACCACACGGCAGUGUGACCCCUCAGAAGAACAGUAAUCUACUGGUUAUUAUUGUGGUGUCUGUAGGAGCUGUGACUGUUGUAGUGGUGCUGAUCGUAGCCCUGAUCUGCACACGACGCUCAUCUGCACAACAGAGAAAGAAACGUGCGACUCACAGCGCAGGAAAGAGGAAAGGCAGUCAGAAAGAUCUGCGACCUCCUGAUCUCUGGAUCCAUCAUGAAGAGAUGGAGAUGAAGAACAUAGAGAAACCCUCGAGCUCCGCCCCCUCCGGUCGAGAGUCACCAAUCCAGAGCUGUCAGGAGAUCGCCCCUGUCAGCCACAGCCAAUCAGAGAGUCAGAUGGGAAGCAAAAGCAGCCACUCGGGCGCAGACGGCGAUGAGACCUCCAGCAGUAUUUCCACAUUAGAGCGAUCGCUGGCUGCUCGCAGGGUGACGCGUGCCAAAAUGAUGAUUCCUAUGGACUCUCAACCCAGCAACACACCGGUGGUGAGUGCUAUCCCAGUACCAACACUGGACAGCAGUCAGUAUCCGGGGAUCUUACCGUCACCCACCUGCAGUUACACUUCUCACCCUAAAUUCAGCUUGCGCCCGAUGCCGUUCUCUACACUGACAGUAGAGCGCAGUUACACAACAGCUCUUCCAGCAGAAGGUGUUGCUCCGAUGUCUCCGCAGCCACAACAACCUUUGAUUCCUACAGUCCAGUCCGAGCCGACGGCUUCAGAAGAGAUUCCCAGCCGAACGAUCCCUACGGCCUGUGUCCGACCCACUCAUCCCCUCCGCAGCUUCACUAAUCCACUUCUACCCCCACCUAUGGGUACCAUUGACCCCAAGGUUUACAAUCCCAUGAUGCCUCAGACAGGUGGCAGUUUACCCAAAGCACAGGUGAAGACAGCAUCACUGGGGCAGGCUGGGAAGGCGAGGUCACCGUUAUUGCCCGUGUCAGUGCCGACAGCACCAGAGACAGCUGAAGAUGGACAGAAACAACCGGACGACCCAGCGAGUGUGUACGAGCAGGACGAUCUAAGUGAACAGAUGGCCAGUCUGGAGGGUUUAAUGAAGCAACUCAACGCAAUCACAGGUUCAGCUUUUUAACAAACACAGAGACGUCCGACACCGCAGAACUCCAAUCCCUGCCGAGGAUCCCGACGCCUAGAUAGAGAAACUCUGGAGACUCGCUCAUCCGUAUAAACCCUGAACCUGAACUCAGCAGGGAAAGUUGUAGCGUCGGACCGUUGGAAAAUCUCUCUUUUCUAGCGUUGUUUGGAAUUUUAUAGUGGUUUCUUCUCACAGAUCUCAUGGGUUUUGCUGGCUCAGUCAUCAGCGCUGAAGCCCAUCAAAUCUCCUAUCAGUGCACGGAUCAGAUCCACAUACGGGGACCGAGAGAAUUUUAGGAAUCCUCACUGAAAAUCCCGUAUCGAUGGACGUAUAACCAGGAUAUUUGGGAAUGAUGAUCACGGCCCUGGAUGACUCUCUGUCACGUUAUCUUAUAAACUCACAUCAUUGACAUCUGAACACUUUCUUACUGCCAAGAUCCCUUAAAACACUGAAUUAUAUAUUCUUACCUGUUUCUUCACACUCUCUUCUUAGUUUUUCACUGUGUUUAAAUUGUCCAUCCAGCAUCAAAGAUUUUGAAGUCUUUUACGUUUGGUUUGUAGACAUGUGUUGUGAACAAGACUCACUUUGUUACAAAAACAGUAUAAUGUCUAUAUGGUAUAUUUUUACAUGAUGGUGUGUUGAAUGAAUUUGAGUUUUCAGAAAGACGAGCGAUUCACGUUCAUGCAUCAUAAAUCCAAUAGAAAGAGACGCUGCUUUGUCCAAAUCACUCGUUUUUUACCUUCUUGUCUUUUCUGUUUGCAUUUUUAUGAGGAAGAGACAUUUUUUAUGUGCCUAUAUAUUUUAUUUAUUCGCGGUGUGAAAAUGUUGAUUUCUGCUUAUCGAACACAAAGAGAGAAAUGAAGUGAGAAUGAAGUGAGCAGGUGAAGAGACGUGUCUAUAUUUUCAUAUGUUUCUUGUAUGUUGUACAUGUGUGUUUUCAUGAAGAUCAGAUCCCUGUAGCCACACAUGAUGAUAUUGUGUGAUAGUCUCUGCCUGGUGUGUUUUUUACUCUACAGUUCAUGGACGUCAGGGACUCGGGUUCAGGUGGGAUGGGAUGGGCGGUGGUUUUUUACUAAUAUAUUUAAUAUAUGAUUUCAACUUUUUUGUUGGCGGUUCUGCAGACAGUGUGAUUUAUUUCUAGAGGUUUUAUUUCGCUCAGAAGGAAGAUUUACUUCACUAUGAUAACAGAUGUGUGGUUCUCUGUUAGGUUUCUAUGUUACACAUCAGAAGAUACUCUUCAUAGUCUUCUUCACUCGUCCUCAUGUGGUUCCAGACGCUCAUCUUCUCUGUGAAGCAGAAAGAGUUUUUUUAAAAAUCUUCUCACAAUCUUUAAAAUGGUUUAGAGGAUGAAUGAACACCAUCACGUGUUAGUAAAGUUUAUUCCAUACAUCUGAACUGGCACAACAUGCCUAAACUGGCACUGCCCUGUGAGCUGGACACUUGGGUUUACUUCAAUAUUUUGCUUUAUCACGACAGACAAUAUGUCAUUGAGAAGGUCUAAUAAUAUAUUUUUCAAAACCUUUUAGCAGCAAUAAUAAUGCAGUGACAGUAAUUUAUUAAUUUGUGACAAGAGUAUGCAGCAAACCAGUGACACCUAGUGGCUGUUGUUGGUAAAACCACUAAAAGUGUAACACUAAUCUUACUUUUUAUGAUAAUUUUAUGAAUAAAAUAUAUAAUUUAUUGCAUUCUUUUUAUUUAUUACAAUAAAUGUAAACUGCUUUAACAUUUUUUAUUGAAUAUUUUCACCUCCAGACACUUCUGUGAAAAACUUUCAAGUGUCUUAUUUAAAACAAGACCAAGAUUAGGCUUUUAGAGCCAAAACAUGCCAGAGAUUAAUUUGAAGGUGUGCAUCGCCUUUUCAGCCCCGUACUCAAAAGGUCUGCGCCAGGUAAGGGGCUUAAUGUGUGAUUAUUGGAUGUCAAUGAUCAUGUGAUGGUGUGCUUACCUUGUAUUGAAUGAGAAAGAUUUCUUUGUGUUUCACAGAAGCUAAAGAUUCAUACUGAAGUGAAGAUUUGUCUCAUUCAGUCUCUUCAGACAGCUGGAUUAUGUCUGUGGAUUCAGUGAAUGAUGGGAUUGAUUUAACACUGACAUCAUUGAGAUCUUGAACUGAUGUGUAAUAGAAACACUAACAGAGUCAGUGAACGAUUAAACUUUGACCCCUAACAAAGAUCAAAACGAUGAUGAAAGAUCCCACGCUGUUGAUUUUAGUUCAAAUACAAGAUGAAGAAUCACGCUUACGUGUCUUUUGACUUGAAUCUUAAAAUUGUCUGAUUUUAGCGUUGUUAACCAAAUUAGAGUAGUCGUUGAAAUACAAAAGAAAAUUUUCCAUGUGAAGGGAGAGAGGGGUGUUGUUGAACACAAACCUCCAGACUGUUUCUACCCAUGAUGUUGUAAUACAUUUGCUGGUUUUGUAAUGCACUGUAGAGCAGUCCAAUGUUCCUUUUUAUAGAGAAAUGUUAUUUGAAUGGUGCAUUCUUUUUCUUUCAUAAUAAUAAAGUUUUUGAUAAUGAAAAGU